CUUUUAGCUUUAUUUAUUUUAAAUGUGACUUUGAAUGCUUUUUCUGUGAAUGCAUUGCUGAUGUUCAACAACUGUUGUUAAUUAAAAGAAAUGGCUAAAAUGGCCAUGAUUUUGUUGGGGCUUUGUCUACUAGGUAGCUGGGCAGGCUUGUUGAAGGUAGAAUACAUGAAAUACAAGGACCCUAAACAGUCAAUUGAUAUGCGGGUUGAUGAUCUUAUUAGCAGAAUGACUCUUGAGGAGAAAAUUGGUCAAAUGUUGCAGAUUGAGCGCAAGUAUGCAUCUGCUGAGUUGGUUAAGAAGUAUUUUAUUGGGAGUGUUAUGAGUGAGGGAGGGAGUAUUCCAGCUCCACAGGCUUCAGCUGAAUCCUGGAUUGACAUGGUGAAUGAAUUUCAGAAGGGUGCUUUAUCCACCCGGCUUGGAAUUCCAAUGUUUUAUGGGAUAGAUGCUGUUCAUGGGCACAACACUGUUUACAAAGCAACUAUUUUUCCUCACAAUAUUGGGCUCGGAGCUACUGGGGACCCUGAACUAGUUAAAAGAAUCGGAGCUGCAACUGCCCUUGAAGUUAGAGCAACAGGAAUUCAGUAUGUUUAUGCACCUUGUAUAGCAGUCUGUAGAGAUCCAAGAUGGGGGCGGUGUUAUGAAAGCUACAGUGAAGAUCCUAAACUAGUUCAAGCCAUGACCGAAAUCAUAUCAGGAUUGCAAGGGGACAUCCCUGAUAAUUCACCGAAGGGUGUUCCUUUUCUAGCUGGAAAGGAAAAGGUUUUAGCUUGUGCUAAGCACUACGUCGGUGAUGGAGGAACAAUCAACGGGAUUGAUGAGGACAACACUGUUAUAGAUAGAGAUGGAUUGAUGAGAAUUCACAUGCCUGGUUAUUUAAGCUCAAUUAACAAGAGUGUGGCAACCAUUAUGGUCUCAUACUCCAGUUGGAAUGGAGUAAAAAUGCAUGCUAACCAUGACCUUAUUACUGGCUACCUCAAGAAUACUCUCCAUUUCAAGGGCUUUGUUAUUUCAGAUUUUGAGGGUAUUGAUAGGAUCACCUCUCCACCUCAUGCAAACUUCACUUAUUCAGUUGAAGCAGGAGUGUCUGCUGGCAUUGACAUGUUUAUGAUUCCAAAGCUUUACACAGAAUUCAUAGAUGAUCUAACCAUGUUGGUGAAGAAUAAGUUCAUUCCUAUGAGUCAAAUUGAUGAUGCUGUCAAAAGAAUUUUAUGGGUUAAGUUCAUGAUGGGUAUUUUUGAGAAGCCUUUAGCCGACUACAGUUUGGUCGGAUAUUUGGGAAUUCAGGAGCAUAGAUACUUGGCUAGGGAAGCUGUAAGGAAAUCAAUGGUCCUUCUAAAAAAUGGUGAAUCUGCUGAUAACCCUUUAUUGCCUCUUCCUAAAAAGUCACCAAAAAUACUUGUGGCUGGAAGCCAUGCAGAUAAUCUAGGAUAUCAGUGUGGUGGCUGGACUAUUGAAUGGCAAGGAAUCAGUGGAAACAAUCUUGUCAGAGGGACUACAAUUCUCACUGCAAUAAAAAACACCGUUGAUCCAGAAACCAAAGUGAUCUACAAGGAGAACCCUGAUGUAGAAUUUGUUAAAUCCAAUGGAUUUUCCUAUGGUAUAGUUGUAGUAGGAGAGCAUCCUUAUGCUGAAAUGCAUGGUGACAACAUGAACUUGACAAUCCCUGACCCUGGUCCUGAGACCAUAACAAAUGUCUGUGGAACAAUAAAAUGUGUGGUGGUCAUUAUUUCUGGUCGCCCUGUAGUUAUUGAACCAUAUGUUGCUUUAAUAGAUGCACUUGUUGCUGGUUGGCUUCCAGGUAGUGAAGGCCAAGGUGUGGCUGAUGUCUUAUAUGGUGACUAUGGUUUCACAGGAAAGCUUCCAAGGACAUGGUUCAAAACAGUUGAUCAACUUCCAAUGAAUGUUGGAGAUCCUCAUUAUGAUCCCCUCUUCCCUUUUGGGUUUGGCCUUUCUACCGAACCUAUUGAGGCCAUUUACUCUGCAUAGCUAUCAUCUUGAUCUGUGUAUUCUUUUAUA